AUGCCCUCCAUGUCCUUCUCGGUCUUAGUGGCCUCAAUAAUUUCGGUUGUCACUUCGGCCACUGUGACUCCGAUCGACAGCUUUCCCGAUAAUUGUAAUGCUAGUUGUCAAGCCAGUAUCGCCGAAGCCCUCGCACGGGAACAGGCGGGUUGGGUCAGUCCUAAUAUAUCAACCGAUCCUUUUUACGCAAAUCCAACAAACAUUUCUGAUUAUGCCGCCGGUGAAAUCGUCAAAUGGGAAGAUGUACCGAGUCAGCAGUACACGACAGUUGGUUAUAAUACUCCUCCGGCAACUACACUGUCCAGAUUCCUCUAUAUGAGCGAAGACAUUGAUGGCAACCCCAUACCAGCCAGUGCGUUUCUGUUACUUCCCUUUACGAAUCAUGAUGGUAGCGGAAAGCCAAUGCGAACGGUGGUUUGGACGCAUGGAACAGCGGGCAUUACCCGACAAUGUGCACCCUCGAAUAACAAGCAGCUCUACUACGAAUGGGAAGGGCCGUUUGCGUUAGUACAGCAAGGAUACGCCGUCAUUGCCCCUGAUUAUGCUGGUCAGGGUAGUGAUAUCCCCAUGGGCUUCAUGUACGAGUCGGGUGCAUUACACGCCCUAGACGUGAGCUUUGCACUCCAGGCCGUGAGAUCGAAGCUUCAAGAUCGGAUCACCCAUGAAUGGGUAGUGGUCGGUCACAGCGAGGGUGGCAUGACCGCAUGGCGUGUUAAUGAACGAGAAAAGCGAAACGCGACGGGCGGUUUCCUGGGCGCCGUUUCAGGAGCCCCGGCACUCCGGCCACUUUCCCUUAUCCCACAAUCAUGGCGCCUUGCUGGGGAUGGCCCAGUCCAUGAUGUUGUUUCAAUAUUUGUUUUGCAGUCCAUUUCGCGACUAUUCCCUUCCGUCAAGGUCGAAAACUACGUCAGCGAUAUCGUCGCAAGCCGUAUCCCAAUCGCCCAGCAAGGAUGCUUGGCAACUGGCUCAACGAUUUAUGGGAACCUCACAUUGCCACAACUGUACAAGAACACCAGUUGGAUUCACCAUCCGGAUGUCGCUGAGUGGCAAAAGAGCUAUAAUGGUGCCGGCACUCAUGAAUUGGCAGCUCCCAUGUUGGUCCUUCAGGGAACGGCUGAUGAGUUGGUCUAUGCAAACCUAACGGAAUGGGAUUACGAUCAGACGUGUAGCACAUUCCAGAGCAGUACGAUGCAGCUCUAUGUUUACCCUGAGCUUAACCACGACUUCGCAUUCAUUGCUGGGCAGGCGCAAUACUUACCUUGGAUACGUGACCGCUUCCAGAAUGUCUCUUUGUCUCCCGCAUGUAACAAGACGACUGUCACUCUAUCUGGGUUUCACUAA